AUACUUUCACCUUCCGGAGGCUGAGUUAAAGGGCGUUUCCCGUUCGGGACAAACCGCAACAACGUCUCGUAUUCCAGCCGCGCUGUCUGUUGAAGUUCAUGGCAUCGAAACCUUUUGCAGACUUAGCAAUAAAGCAUGGCUUGGGUAGUGACUUCUUAAAUUGUGAGCAGUGACCAGUUUCAUCAGGCCAGGUGUAGUGCAUUCGUUAAUUCCUGAUUUAAACGAAGUUCACAACCUCUGAGGUCACUCGAUCUACAGCUUUAUAUUCUUGGCUCCGGUCAGGCAGAUGACAUUCGGCCGUCCACCAUUUCUUUCGCUUCCUUUUCGUUCUGCCAUUGCUUCCACGCUGUUAACAAUUGAGGUCGAACGCGGAAUAGAGACCAACAAGACUUAGCCAUGGCGUUCAGCAGGAGUCUUCUUUUGAUUCUUCUCCUCGGCCUUGUGCUUUUUACGUGUCGUGCGCAUGCCUUUGGUGCUGGAAGUACGUUUUGCCACGACAUCUCGCUUUCCAGAACAUAUCCAAAGAAAGGAAGAAGUUUAAAGCUGAUAUCGGAAACAGACAUUGCUUCAAUCUCUGCCGUGGAAGGCAAAAACUGGCGUCAUGGAGAUAUUGAAGAUGUGCUCAAAACGGUGGCAUGCAUCAAACAUCACAAGUGGAACUCGAUGAUGAUCAAACGUGAGUCUUGUACAGAUACUGGCUGUCCAAAUGUCCUGAUAAACCCGCAGGUGUAUACUUUGGAAACUGGCUGAGAGGUAGGGAACCAUCCCUCCCUGACUUGUGCCGUGCUGGCAGCGCUUCUCACAUUCUGCAGAUUAUAGUCAAGCCAUGGACACUGGCGCUCUCAAAAAGGCACAACCAGAGACCAUUCGUAUUCUAGUUUGGCUAUUGUCCUUUCUUGGUUUCGGUUAUGCCACGGCCGAAUUCGAGGUUACCUCCGAGAGACUUGGUGUUUAUCGUCCCGAAGAGCAUAUCGAUAAUCCCAAGGACUACAAUGAUAACGAGGAUGCUCGCCAAUAUGACAAACGCCUUCGAGGUCCCGUCCGUGAUAUUGAGCUACAGAUUGACAUGGAGACUGGGAUGAAGAACUACAUUGCCAAUGGCAAAGGAGACUGGGCAACCAGCGCGGCAUACGUCAAGUACAGUUUCGAGCAAAGUAUUCACCAUGGGCGACUCUAUACGAAUGGUCGAGGCAUAUUCAAAGGCAAGGACGAAGAGCUUGCCGAAGCAUUGAGAUGUCUUGGACAAGGUCUGCAUACAUUGGAGGAUUUCGGCGCCCAUACAAACUAUGUCGAGCUGGCGUUGAGAGAGCUCGGCUUCCACAACGUCUUCCCUCAUGUUGGUACCUCCACUGGAAUAAACCUCCAUGGCAAGCACGUCUUCCCUCUUGUCACAGGCACAUUUGGCAUGGUUGACUUUUAUCAUUCUGUUCUGGGUGAGGCGACUGACCACUUUACCCAGAGCGAGGUCAAUGAGAUGGACAAUGCUCUCGGAACUGCGCAGCAGGCUGCAAAAUCAUCGAACCCUCUUUUUACCCUAGUAAAACUCUUGUCAAAGGUCCCGGGGACCAAAGAGCUAUGUGAUGAAGCCGAACAACUCCAAGCAAGCUCGCAAGCCCAAGCUCGUGCAAACGAACAAGCCUUUGGUGAAGGACAGCCUGGCUACAGAGGUGUCAACGACUUUGGGAAUUCAACUCGUGGACUUGACGAUUGGGGAACGAGCCGCGCUUCUCACGCAGGAUUCCCUGGUCAACAAGGGUAUGAUAACAAUUGGAAUGCAUCGCAGCAGGGUUAUCAGCAGCCUCAGCAGAAUUGGGGUCAGAGUCAGCAUCAGCAGUGGACAGAUCCAUCACAACAGAACUUCAACGCACACGAUCAGUACCCAGGUGGACAACACAACUGGCAACAACCUCAGCAAGCUCCGCAACAAUCAUGGGGUCAGCAUCAGCAGCCUCAACAGUGGGAUCAACCUGCACAAGGUCAACAAGGUCAACAAGGUCAACAAUGGAAUCAACCACAAGAACAGCAUACCCAGCAGGCAACUCCUGCUCAAGCUUCCCAGCAACAGCCGUCCGCCCAAGGAGGUCUUCCCGGAAUGCCCAACUUUGAUCCAGCCAAGACGAUUGCUCAGAUUUAUCCUAUCCUGGCAUUCCGUGACAAGGUCGUCCGCGCUAUUAGUGCCAUCAUUGAAAAGAUUCCUGGUCUCGAGGCUCUUGUGGAGCGAAUCACCGAAACUCUAACCGUCUUCAUUCUUUCACUUCUUGCUCCAUUUGUUCGACCAGUCAUUAACGCCAUCUCAAAGUCUCUCCAGACUGGCAGUGAAGGAGUGAUCAAUUCUUCUGGCAAACACCAAUACGAAGUCUGGACCAACCCUCACUCCUCCGAUCCGACCCACAGUAUGUUGUCGAAAGAUCACUUCAGUAACCUCCUCAACGAGCCUGCCGGCAAUGUGGCUGCUGAGAUUGUCAAGUUCAUCGCCCCCAGAGUCUUAUAUGCCUGGGAAAAUCCCAAUGUUCCUAUUGAGCAGGUCAUGCGGGACGUAGAGACCGUCUUCCACCAUCCAGCAAUCCGCAAUGAGCGCAACGAAGUCCACCGGAACAUGUUUGCCGCAGUCAAAAAUUGGGUCGAUGGAAUGCCUGAUAGAGGAAGGAGCCUGGAAGGUGUUUUGAACUCGGAGGCGGUUCGGGCGGGCAAAAACCACAAGGCUGGCGUGAAUCCACAUUUGCAAAGUUCCCACACACCCCAACAUCAACAGCAGCAGCAACAUAGUCAUGGAGGCGGAUUGGGCGGCCUCGCCAGUAGUUUCUUGCCGGGCCACAAUCAGCAACACGGUGGUGGCGGCGGCGGCGGUGGUAGCAGCAAUCCUCUGGGGAUGGUGGGAAAUGUUCUCGGCAGUUUCAGUGGACAAGGAGGACAUCAACAACAACAAGGAGGUCACAGUGGAUCCGGCGGAGGAGGAUUAGGUGGAGUUCUGUCUCUGGCUUCCAAGAUGAAUGUCCCUGGAGCUUCCAAUGUUCAGAAAUAUGGCAAACUCUUUGGUUCAUUUGGCGGAGGUGGUGGUAAGAGAGAGAUCGGUCCCGACGGUGGUGGCGCUGAUGACGAUGACACCGGUGCCGACCAAUACCGAGCAUUUAGGAGCGAGGCCGGCGGUGCCUCGGAUCUGUACGAAGCAGCUGCCAACGCCACACAUUAUGGAGGAGGCAACGUGCGUACUCCUAGUCCCAUGCCUCAAGUUCCUGCUGGUUACGAGCAAUACAGUGGUCAAGGACAAGGAGAAGGAGCUGGAUUUGGUUAUGGUCAAGAGCAGCAGCAAGGUUAUCAACAAUAUCAGACCAAUUAUCAACAACCACAUGAGUACGGUGGUGGUGGUGAGAGUCAAGGAUAUUAUUAUGGCCGUUGAGUGGGAGGGAUGGGAGAAAUGGGAAGGGUGCUUGAAAUACACCUACCCGGCAAAGAGACAACCAAAGAUGAUGAUGAGGUGGUUAGAUCAGAUUGAUGAUGAAUGUUACAGAAUAUGCAAUGAUGAGAGGUAGAAGAUUGUUUCUUUUUGAUACCUAGGUGGGUUUCGUACUUGUCCGGUCCAACCCCUAGGGAAGUUUUACUUGUCGAGACAACCGUUU